AGUGAUGUUGUGAACGCGCAAAAUAUCGGUUCAAUUCACGCUCGCUGUUUGUGCGCUCUCUCGCUCUCUCGCUCUUCCCUCUUUUCUCUCUACUCUCAUUUUUCGUUACAUCUCCACUUCUUUCCACUGUUCAUUCGAGCGCAAAGUGACACUUGUGAAACGUACCCUAUCAUCAUUCAUCGACCAACGCCAAUUAAAAUGAGAGAGAAGGAGGAAAACAUACAGAGGGAGAUAGAGAGCAAGUCCAUUAACAUCGAAUUUUUAUCCGAAAAUGCCAUUUUCGGCAGAAAAUAUUUUUUUUGCAUGGCAACCCAUUCUCCUAUUCGACAAACAUAAUUUUUGUCAUUGCAUUUUUCGUCAAUCAUUUUUUUCGUUAUUCAUUUUCAUUUUUUGUCGUCGUCACAAACUGAAUGUGAAAUUCACCACAGAAACCGUGUGAUGAAUUCUAGCGGAUCGGAUGACAUUUUCGGCUUCACUUGCACGUCCGUGCUCAAUGUGACAAUGUAUAUGCUUUUCGGUGUGUUGGUUUAGAGCCGGUGCGUGUUAUUGUUCUAUGCGUGUGGCCAUAUAAUCAAUCACACAGCACCAUCAAUAAACAAAACGCGCCACCAAAAAUGUCGUUGUAUUGGUAAAGCAUGGCUCACUUCUGUUGGUGCAAACCGAAAAUGAAACAUGUUCACCGGCCAAAAUAACCGCGCAUCUACAUUGACAAGCAUCACUUGCGCUCAUCAAGUAUCGUCUUAGUUUAUGUUUUGUGUUUAGUUCAUCGUAUUUCUUCCAAAAAAUUUGGAAAAUUCAGUAUUUUGUUGUAAAAAUUACGUCGAUCGUAUUUUCUCGUUGAAAAGUGUAAAAAUUUCGGAAAAUUUGUUGUAGAUUUUUUGGUAAUUGGAACGAAAACAUCACAGUCAAAGAUGUCUUGGAUGGACGGAAUAAAAAAGGCCUCAACUGGUCGACCACCAAACAAACGGCCACCGGUCAUCACAAAUACAAAAGUUCCGAACAAGAUGCCACGUUUGGCUCUUGAGUCCACUUCGGGCGGUGGAGAUGAGAAUAGGCAUUUAAUUCGGUUCAGACCAACGUUGAAUGUUGAAGAUGCAGACGACCGGUCGAAUGAAGGUGACGCGGCAGCAGCAUUGGAUGCAUGGAUGGACGAUGUGAAACCAACGUUGGAUGAGCUAAAGCCGUUGCUCGAAGCAAAGCCGUCACUCGAUGUAAAGCCAAUGGUUGAUGAAAAGACGUCGCUCGAUGUAAAGCCAUUGGUGGACACACAGCUACUUUCGGACACAAAGCCUCCAUUGGUCGAUAUCAAGCCACCGUUAGCUGAAAUAAACCAAAAUAUCAUAGAUGUCUUAAGCCAAAACUCACAGAAAAGCCAACCGCUUCAAAAAGGUGCGAAGAAAGCACAAGCACCGAAGAAGAAAACCCAGAAAGGGAAAAAGAAGAACGGAGCAGAUGGCGAAGAUGGAGAAUCAGACGAUGAGAAUGCGAUGCGAAACCCGAAAGUGUUUGACGAUAAGGCUGAAGAUCACAUGGGCGUUGUUGAAACGUAUGCUGAUUACAAGCCGGCCAAAUUGGAUUACGGCAAACCACAUCCAGAUCCAGUCGUUGAAUCGGCCACAUUGUCAUCGAUAACACCGACUGACAUUCACUACGAGUUGAAGAUUCCAAAGAAGACCAUCGAAAAGGGAGCGUUGAGCGCACUUCAAUUGGAAUCAAUUAUUUACGCAUCACAAGCUCAUGAACACACUCUGGAGGAUGGAGAAACACGAGCUGGUUUUUUGAUUGGUGACGGAGCUGGUGUUGGUAAAGGCAGAACAGUAGCCGGUAUUAUUUAUGAAAAUUUUCUGCGUGGACGCGAAAAAGCCAUAUGGGUAUCUGUGUCGAAUGAUCUCAAGUACGAUGCUGAGCGCGACUUGGAAGAUAUUGGCGCCAAAGGAAUUGAAGUGUACCAUUUGAACAAGUUCAAAUACGCCAAAAUCGAUUCGUCUACAAAUGGUGGUGUGGACACAGGUGUCAUAUUCAGCACAUAUUCAUCGUUGAUCAGUGGAACGAAGAGUGCUAAGGCCAAAUACAACACGCGAUUGAAGCAACUGGUCGACUGGUUCGGAGCUGACUUUGAUGGCUGUAUUGUCUUUGACGAGUGCCACAAGGCGAAACACUUGAUUCCAUCGGGCGGAGCAAAACCAACAAAGACUGGUAUGCACGUGCUCGAACUUCAAAAUGCAUUACCAAGAGCACGCGUCGUUUACGCUUCGGCAACAGGUGCAUCCGAGCCUCGCAACAUGGCAUAUAUGGUUCGUCUUGGCUUAUGGGGCCAAGGAACACCGUUUAGAAAUUUUUCCGAAUUUCUAUCGGCUGUUGAAAAACGCGGUAUAAGUUCAAUGGAAGUCGUCGCAAUGGAUAUGAAACUUCGUGGAAUGUACAUAGCUCGUCAGCUGAGCUUCAAAGGUGUAACAUUUACUGUGGAUGAGGUUCCAUUUUCGGAUGAUUUUCAGCAAACAUACAACGAUUCGGUUGAGCUUUGGGUCGAAGCAAAGAAAUGCUUCUCAGAAGCCGAAUUGUUGCUGGAAGAAAAUCGAAAAAUUGCGCACAUGAUGUGGGCACAAUUCUGGAGCGCUCAUCAGCGCUUUUUCAAGUAUUUGUGCAUCGCAGCAAAAGUGAGCCAUACCGUUGAAUUGUCGAAAAAAGCGAUCGAAGAUGGAAAAUGCGUCGUCAUUGGGCUUCAAUCGACUGGCGAAGCACGCACACUUGAUGCAAUCGAACGUGAUGACGGUGAACUGACCGAAUUUGUAUCGACUGCAAAGAGCGUGUUUGAAAUUAUGAUUGAAAAUCAUUUUCCGGCACCAGCGCGUGGGUUUUUGGACGAUUAUCAAAAUUCCGAACAACAAGAGUCGAGUCAAAAAUCGCCCAGCCCAGAAAAAAAGCGCCGUUCAAAUCUGAAACGUCGAGUCUUGGCCGGACUUGAGCUUCGUCCACGUAAAAAGCUACAAGUCAUCUAUUCGGAUGAUUCAAACAACGAAGUGGAUGAGAAAAAGUCGGCAAAAUCGUCCAAGCCACCCAAAUUGGUGAGCAAAAAUCGAAGCGUACUCUACUCUGAUUCCGAAUCAGAUGUAGAAAUGGCAGAAGCGAAGAAGCCGGUUAAAGCCGAAAAAUCGGGCAAAUUGCGACGACGCGUCAAGCCAUCGACUGACUCAGACAUAUCAGAUAUAUCAGACAGUGACUCACGCGCAAGUGGUGAUGAUCAUUCAGAUAAAAAAAGCGCAAAUGAAUCUGGAUCAGAAUCCGGUUCUAGUUCUGAAUAUGAUAGCGAUGCAUCUGGUUCUGUAAACAAUUCAGAUGACAUCACAACGCCAGAAGAGAGCGAUGCAUCGACCAUUGGCAGUGAUGAUUCGGGCGACGAAUCGUCUGAAUAUGACAGCGAUAUAAGUAUGGAAAGCAUGGUUCGUGGUAGAAAUGGUAUUUCGAGCAAGCCAAAAACUAUGCAAGAGAAAAUCCAACGAAUUUUGAUGGGUAUGAGUGGAAAACAUGCCGAACGGAUGCGAGCCUACUGCAAACGUGCCUGUGAUUUGAAAGACGGUUUGCUAGAGCAAAUCGAAAGUCUUGGAAAGCGAUUGCCACCAAACACAUUGGAUCAAUUGAUUGACGAAUUGGGUGGAUCAGAUGAAGUGGCUGAAAUGACUGGUCGCAAAGGUCGCGUUGUUCAGUUGGAUGAUAAUGAGAUCCAGUAUGAAACUCGUGCUGAACAAGGCGUCUCUUUGGAGCGACUCAACUUGCUUGAAAAACAACGAUUCAUGGAUGGCGACAAGCUGAUUGCUAUCAUCUCCGAAGCCGCAUCAAAUGGUAUUUCACUUCAAAGCGAUCGACGUGUUCCGAAUCAGCGACGUCGUGUCCACAUCACAUUGGAGCUGCCAUGGUCAGCUGAUCGAGCCAUUCAGCAGUUCGGACGUAGCCAUCGUUCAAACCAAGUAAACGCACCGGAAUAUGUCUUUUUGAUCUCAAAUCUGGCUGGUGAGCGCCGUUUUGCAUCAUCGGUGUCGAAACGUCUUGAAUCACUUGGUGCUCUGACCCAUGCCGAUCGUAGAGCCACAGAAACUCGAAAUUUGUCACAAUUUAAUGUGGACAACAAGUACGGUCGCGAGGCACUCAAAACCGUUAUGGAAAGCAUUCUCCUUGACGCCGAAAUGAAACAUAUGGAGGACAAGGAGAAAGUGGAACUGUUCAUGGAAAUUCGAGCAGCAUUACAUGGUGUUGGCAUUGGCGAAGAUCCGAUUGCUAAAAUUGAUAUGGCACGAUUCUUGAAUCGCAUUCUGGGAAUGCCAGUUCGUCUACAAAAUCAACUGUUUGAGUACUUUACCCACACCCUGGACGAUAUAAUUGAACGCGAAAAAGACGCCGGCCGCUUUGAUAUGGGCAUCAUGGACAUGGGCAACACAAACAAUGCCGAAAAGAUUCGGUCAAUGCGAUUCAUUCGUCGACAUGCUACUGGGACGGCACCGAUCGAAAUCACCACGGUUGCAGUCAAUCGAGGCAUUUCAUGGGAAGAGGCUAUCGAAAAGUUUGGUAAAGCAAAGAACGAAUUCGAAGGUUUUUACCUCACCCAUUACCGCAAAAAUAGUUCGGUUUCAUUGUUCCUUAUGACCGAUGGUGAAAUUAAAAACGAAGAUUUGGCAUACAUGAGACCGAGAGAAAUUUUCUUCAAUGCAUAUCGUCCGCAUACUGGUACACAGACACGAACUGUGCCACUCAAUGAAAUGCAACGAGGUACCAAGUUGUGUGAUCUUGAAAAAGCAAAAGAUUACUGGGAGAGGCAUUACGAAAGCUCAGCUCGCAUAUGCAGCCACGUAUAUUGGGCCGGACGAUGUUUUAAUCGCAAGGCUGGCUUCGAUUGCGAUGAAGGAAUGCGUCGUCGCAAGUACACGGUUCUUUCCGGUUCGAUCUUUGCGUUCUGGAAUCACAUCGAACAUCAAUUGCGCAGACGUGAAUUCCCGGAAUCACCACGUAUCGUUCGAUUGAAGACAACGGAUGGCAGCAAAAUUGUUGGUGUUUUGUUGCCCAACGAAUGCGUGAGCGACAUCAUUGAAAUUCUACACGAAAACUCGGAAAAUUUCGAAGAAUCCGUCUACUUGGAAUAACGAAUCCGUUACGACAAAUGACAUUUGACCCAUUUUUUCUCAUUUUCUUUUUUUAUACUUUAAUCAAUAUGCAUAUUUCAGUAUUUAACAAUACCUACAAAAGGUAUCUAUGUUUUGUUUCGCAAUGAAAAAACAUUUGACCAUUGUUCAACGUUAAACAUUAUCAAAAAAAUGUUAUCGAUGCAAGAAAUUUGACUUGAUGUCAUUCCGAAUGACUCAUUCCAAAUGAUUUAUUUAAUAAAACAAAGGUAUGUAAUGAAACAUUUUCUACAAAUAAAAAGAUUUUUCGAAAGAAA